CGCAACGGACAAGAAACAUCGUCACGGACACGAGUGACCAGAAUGGCUGUACAUGCAGGUACCGGUAAGUUCAGCGACCAAAACCCUGCAGCCACCACCCCGAGAAAAGAAAGAAGCAAUCAGAUACCAACAGCAAGGGUACUAGUAGCUACUGUAGAUAUCCACAUGCUGAAUAAUCCAAGGUGACGACAUAAGGAAUGCUAUAGAGACUUGGCUGUAGAAUAGAGAGGGUUCCCAAGGCAUUCUAUCCGAGAGGAGAAAGACUGGCAGCAAGCAAGCUGCUAGCUGGAAGAGUCAAGGACACUAUAUCUGUUUUUGUUCUUUGUCAAGUGUUUGUUUGUUGCCUUGAGAGUUAGAUCUAGUUAGUUGAGUUAGUCGAAUCUAUUCAAACCGAAUAUCAAUCAUCUAUCUACCCUUAUGAGCCGCCCGAGUUUCCGCAACAAGAAUCGCAACAAUACGCCUUGGAAGACGGAUUCUGCGAGUGGUGCUGCCAGUGACGGAUCGAACGCGACGGGUAGAACGAUAACGCCAACAUCCUCGCAAGAAGACAACAACAACAACAACAACAAUAAUAACCGAAUGAACCCGGCAGCAUCGAGACGAGGCACGGGGUUAUCCAAGAGCGGCAGCUUUCGAUUCAGCACUCGAUCAACGGACGACCGAAAACCUUGGCUGGAUGCCGGCAAGAGUCCUCGAACCUUUGUAGACGAAGAAGAAGGAAAGGAACACAACGAAAGACGCACUAGUACGAAUAUGAGACGAACCACUUCCUCGGAACAAGCCAAUGUCCUACACGCCCCGACCCUGUCUCCCAAGAGUUCGUCCAAGCGAAAGGUAUUGACCAUGCCAUCGUCUCCCUUGCAGAGGAAAAAUCCGUUCGACGAUGCAUCCGAGGUUGUCAACCAUGCGGCACCCAACAAGAGUUUUGAUGACUUGUGGGAUGAAUCGGAACAUGCCGGUGCAGCAGACUCGGGCACUCCUCAUGCUCAUGUACUACUCAAUGAACCCAUGAUCAGUACGCCCAAGACACCCGCUUCAGCUGCGACUGCUUCUGCUGCUGCGAAAACACCACCAGCGGCACUAGCAACUCCCUCAAUGUCCACACCCAAACAACCACCCCAAAACAACAGCAGCAACAACAACAAGACUGAAAUUGAUACUAGUAGAUUCAUCAAGAAGGAUGUAGAUACUUCCAGCUUUGGGAAAAAGAAACAACAAGUCAAUACUCCAAAACAACAACAAGAGGAAAACACCCAAGUCGAUACCUCCAAAUUCAUCAAAACGGGAUCCAGAGCACCUCCCAAUACACCCAUCGAUGCCGUUUAUAGCGUAGGAGGCGCAGCAGCAGCAGCCGAAGAAAAGCCAAGAGCCAAUCCAAUACGGCAUCGACGCAAAUCUGCCAACAGUACUACCAACAACACUACAACCAAAGAAACAAAGACGGAAAAGGAAAAGUCCAAAAAGACCAAGGAGGCUGCCAAGGAAGAAAAGAAGAAGAAGAAAAAAGAAGCCAAAUCACCACCCUCCAAACCGCCACCCUCCAAAGGAGGACCCCCCGGAAAAGGAGGAGGACCACCGGGAAAAGGAGGACCCCCCGCCGCUCCCGCCAUCAAACCGGCUUCGGAAUACAAAAACAAGGACGAAGCCAUUGUCGGACUGGAAAAACAACUCGAUCGUGUCACUUUUUUGCAAAAACGACAAUUUGAUCAACUAUCCUCACUCAAAAAGAUGUUACUCUCGUCGCGAGCCAAGGAAAAGGAAACGACCAAAGCCAACGACAAGUUGCAAAAGAGCAUGGACAAGAACGAAAAGAAAAUGGAAAAACUAGAAAAGCAAUUGGAACAAUCACAAACAAAACUCAAACAUGCCGAACAACAAUCUACAUCAUCGUCCUUGUCAGUGGCGACGCCCAAGAGGAACAAUACAGCGGCGGCUGUCGCUGCCACGGCGGCGGUGACUUCUGGCGUGUCGGCAGCGGAACUCCAAGAGAAAGACGACAAGAUUGCAGAGUUGGAACGAAAAUUGGAAGAAAUGACACGGCAGCAAGAAGAAGCGCAACAAACCAAGCAAGCCGAAGUGGAAACGCAAGUGCAAGAGAAGGAUGCCAAAAUUGCAGAGCUGGAACAAAGAUUACAGGAUCUCGACGCCAAAGACAAGGAGAUUUCGGAACAAGCCGACAAUUUUAGGGCUAUUUACGAAAGCAAAAUGAUCAAGAAAGCCGAGUUGAUUAGCAGUCUCCACGAAGAAAUUGAGGAGAUGCGAGUACAACUCACCACGGCCAACUCGUCCAUUGAGCAAUUGGAAGAAGAACGCAAUUACAGCCGCGCCAAAAUGGCAGAAUUGAACGACAUGGUUUCCUCCAAGGGUGGACUUUCCAACAAGGAGCAAGAGUUGAUAGAUCGAGCCGCCGAGAUUUCCAACCUCACAUCAAAACUCAAUGUCGCAGAGGGAAAAGUCCAGGAUCGGGACAGCAAGAUCUACAAGUUGGAGGACGAUGUCAAGGGAGUCUUCACUUUGGCACAACAGUUGUGCGAUGCCUUUGUCGGUGACGAUGAGGACAAAAAGAGUCAGCAACGGUUGUUAUUGGAGUCAUCGGAAUCACCGGCUCAAUCGAGUCAGUUGCUCCUCAUGAACAUGAUGAAUAUGUUGGAUGUACUCAAAACCAAAGUGGAUGUGCUGCAAAAGGAACGAGACGACAUGAAUGCCAAGGCAGCCGAUCGAGGAAUUCAACUGGCAGAAAGUCAUAUUCGAGUGGAUAAACUGAGAACCGAAUUGAGGCGCAUGCGGGCAGAGCGGGAACGAGAACGAGCUGGCAGAGGAGGCGGUAGAGGUCGCGGACCACCUCCCAAUGGUGCUGGACCUCCCCCACCCGCUGCCAGGCAUGGUAGCCAUACCGCAGGUCCGGACGGUGCCCUUCCACUACCACCACACCAAGGGCAAAACUCGACCUCACCCACGGGUGGUCGUUGGUUGUCCAAUGGGCCACCACCGACCCAAAACAAUCUUCGCAAUAAGUCCUCUGAUAACCUGAAAGGGCGAAUGGUCGACGCCAGUGAACGAAGCAGCAACACGGCACCUGUCGCGACAACACCGACGCAACGACCUUCUCGUUUCAUGAGUUUUCUCAAAGGCAAUCUGACGCAGGAAGUGGGCCCCGAACCAUCCAAGGAUGCGUCGCCGCCCCUGAUAGUGCAGACGUAAGACAAGAGGAGAACUUGGGGGGUUGUAGUGAUGAUGAUGAUGCGGUGGGAAGCAAAACUCGCUCUGUGGAAUCUUUCGUGGAUUGCCGUGUUGCAAUCAACAUUGUGUGUGUGUUGUUACAACAAUGCAUGGGGGUGCGGGUGCAAAAAGUGAUGGCAUUAGUGAUAGAACUGAAAUUUUUAAAGGUUGUGGAUCGGUACAUUACUGGUCCUGUAGCUACCUGUUCAUUUGAAGCUGUGUGACAUGUUGGAUCUGGGA